GAUAUAAUCCUCUACACGGGAUCAACAAUGGUUUGGGUUAUUACUGCUUUUCGAACCUAAGCAAAACAUUGACGAUUGUGAUAAUGGUUUUUAUAGGUAAAUGGGAGUCACCGCGAAGACACCGUACCUCCGAAUGCUGCUUUUUUGCACUAGAGCCUACAGGUGCAGUUCCUUCUACAUCUAAUAUGACUCCCAUUGUGACCACGACUUCAACUAGUAGUUCUACCUCACUUCAGUCGGCYAGAACACAAGUGGAUUCCGCCAUGGAACCAAAUGAAACAAAGAUUAAAGCUCGAGGGAUGAUUCUUCAACAGCUUGUGGAGUUGAAGAACCUUAAAGAUGCCAAUGUACUUAGCAAUGAUGAGUUUGAGGAACAGAAGAAGAAGAUGUUAGAAGAUCUUAAGAAACUUUAAUUAUUAUUUGAC